UAUGAAAGAAUACGGUUCAUCUAAACUUUUAAAGACAAUUAUUUAAUAAGAAGAAGUUAUAACUAAUGUAGAGCCACCAAAAAAAUUCAAAGUUAAUGAAUCAUAUAAACCUUCAGUGAUUAUUAAUAAACCAUUUUAAGAAGAGGAUAAAAAAAAAAAAACUUUAGAUGACAUUAUUCCAGCAUAUCCAUAAGAUCCUCCAAAUACAAUUCCAAGUACAAAGUAGUCAAAAAAAGAAUAAUAAUAUUAAUAAGCACAACCAGCUUAAGAAAGUCCUGUUGAUGAUUUACAAAAUAUUAAUAUUAUUCCUUGUGAGGAAUAUUCACAUAUGAGACCAGUCAUACUUGGAGAGAUAUAAGAAGAAAUAUAAAAAUCUUAAAAGAGUUUUUUAUAAGCAUUACGUGAUGGACAUUGCAUUAUUUAAUUACCUAACAAAUUACCUUUUCAUGAUAUAGGGAAAACAUAAAAAUAUGUUGAAGAAGUUAAAGGAGAUUAAGUGUAAAAAUAAUUAAAGUAUUUAUGAUUAAGAUUUUAAUUAGAGAUUAUUAUGAUGAAUGUUAUGAUAGUAGUGGAAUUCAAUUAUAAAAAUAAUUCACUAAUUUAAGUAAUAAAGCUGAUGUUGGUAUACAUAUAGGAAAGAUUUAAAUUGCUAAAGAUGGAACUGCCAUUUGGAAGGCUGGGAGGGAAGAAUUUGAAAUUGUUUAAGGAAUAACCUAAGAAUUAGAUUAAAAAUGUUUGAUUAUUAAUAAAGAAGAUGGUAAAUGUGGGUUCAUCAAUGUAGGUGAUAAAUUUGUAAUAACUCCUAAUUAUUGA